UCACGAAUCCCAACGCGUGGGUACCGGCAGUAAGAUCCGCUCCUUGCCAGCCAUUGUUCUACCCACCAUCAACUGGACGACUAACGAUAUCGAACAUGGCUAGUGCGCAGUUGGGAUCGUUCAAAGUACCCCUGGUCGAUAACGAGCCCCUAAAAGGCUAUGCGCCGGGGUCUCCAGAGCGAAGAGCUCUAGAAGCAGCAUUGGUCGAAAUGGAACAGCAGCUUCCAUUCGAAAUACCUUGUAUUGUGAACGGGCAAGAGAUCAGAACUGGGAAGCUAGCGAAACAACCAAUUCCUUCGGAUCACGCCAGACAUCUCUGUUCGUACCAUGAAGCCGACACCACUACAGUUGCGGCUGCUAUCGAGGGCGCGCUCGCCGCCAAAGCUCAAUGGGAGGCUAUGCCGUGGAAUGACAGAGCUGCCAUUUUCUUGCGUGCGGCUGAGCUUGUCAGCGGCAAGUACCGCUACAAAUUAAUGGCAGCGACCAUGCUUGGACAGGGGAAGAAUGCCUGGCAGGCUGAGAUCGAUGCCGCUGCCGAGUUGACCGAUUUCUUCCGUUUUGGGGUGAAGUAUAUGGAAGAACUUUACUCCCAGCAACCCCCUAAGAAUACAGCAGGGUCGUGGAAUCGUGUCGAGUACCGCCCCCUCGAAGGCUUUGUAUUGGCUGUUUCACCAUUCAAUUUCACCGCUAUCGGCGGAAACCUCCCCGGAGCACCCGCUCUGGUUGGGAAUGUGGUGGUGUGGAAGCCCUCCCCCGCUGCUACGUAUUCUAACUACUUGGUCUACCGGAUCCUCGCGGAGGCUGGUGUCCCUCCCGGUGUUAUUCAGUUCGUUCCAGGUCCACCCCCUGAGGUCGUUGCCCAGUGCAUCAACCACCCUAACUUUGCUGCGCUACACUUCACGGGCAGCACUUUCGUUUUUAAAAAGUUAUGGAAGGAUAUCGCUGCCAACGUAGACAAGUAUAAGGGAUACCCUAGGAUUGUUGGAGAAACAGGGGGAAAGAACUUCCAUCUCAUCCAUCGGUCGGCGGAGAUCCGCAAUGCAGUGUUACAAAGCGUGAGAGGUGCAUUCGAAUAUCAAGGCCAGAAAUGUUCUGCUCUUUCCAGGCUGUAUGUUUCAUCCUCUGUAUGGGAGGGUGGUUUCAAGGAUCAGUUCCUUUCCGAAAUUGCGAGGAUCAAGGUGGGGCCACCACAGGAUUUCCGUAGUUUUAUGGGACCUGUUAUUGGGCGGCCCGCCUUUGAUAGGAUCUUGAGCUAUAUCCAGAAAGCCAAGGACGCAGGUGGGGAGAUCUUGAUAGGGGGCACAGGCGAUGACUCAAAGGGCUACUUCAUUCAGCCAACGGUGAUCCUGACCAAGGACCCUCGAUCAGUGACUAUGCAGGAGGAAGUAUUUGGUCCAGUAGUUACGGUUUAUGUUUAUCAGGAUGACGAAUUCGAAGAUCUUCUGCAACUUAUCGACAACACAUCCGCAUAUGCGCUCACGGGUUCCAUCUUCGCCACGGAUCGUAGUGCACUCAUCACCGCGACCAGCAAGCUGCGUCAUGCAGCCGGAAAUGUGUACUACAAUGAGAAGUGCACUGGCGCCGUCGUCGGUCAACAGCCUUUCGGAGGUUCCCGUGCAAGUGGGACAAACGAUAAGGCUGGGAGUGUCAGCCUCUUUUACCGUUUCGUGUCGGCGAGAAGCAUCAAGGAGAAUUUCGUCGGUCUGGAGGAUUUCCAAUAUCCUUCAAACCUUGUCUGAGCAAAUGGAGUCCCUACUUUGUGUUGGUACUUAGUAGUGUGUGUAUAAUACUUGUAAGGUGGAGGAAAGGACACUAGACACAUAAACAGGCU